AUGCAGAGCAAUCAUCUUAGGUCAUCGCGGGCCGUCCACGAUAUAAGUACCCCUUGUACCGGCAUAGCAAUUGGCAACAUCCGUUGGCGAGUGGAAACUCCAGACGGUGAUCACGAUUCGCCCAUUCCCUCGGUAGAAAGCGAAGCAAACCAUCGGAUCGGCAGAACCGUUCCGAAACACGCUUUCUUUGCUGGUGUUCGCAGCCCAUUAUCCAGUCCUGUCGAUGGUAAUCUACCGUCUGUCUCAGGCUCGCCACCAAAAGCGGGCUUAUUCAAUAGCAUUGUGCCGAUGCUUAAAGUGUCGUCCUUGGGAUCUCUCCUUGGCUUAGGUAAACCUUCGUCUUCCAGUAGCUCUUCAAACUCGCUCGGAGUACCGAAUCACUCUAAGUCAAUAGAACCGCGCGAUGCUUUAAAAGCCACCAUUAGCAAGCCUCACCUUGAAGAGCUACUUAGCCCACUCAGGGGCGAGUCCCAACUCGAAGCAUCUCUGCAUCCGGGCCCAGUCGCACGACAAACCAGCGACGAUGGUGGUGUCGAUUUUCAAGCGGGCACAGCUAUCGUCUAUCCAAAGGAGACACGCAAAAUAGAGACGACCUCGCAAGCAACCUGCCCCAUAAAAGACCCGCUUCCGGAUACAGCUGUUCCCUUGUUCAUACUCGGGUCACCUGCACUCUCUCAGGAAAUUCCAGCCUUGCUUCGAAAGCGAUUAAACGAAUCCGAGGCGGCUGGGUACGUGAACGAGGACUUCGGCACCUCUUCUCAGAGUACGAUCAAUGGUGGUGGCGACGACGUUGCGGACGGGUUCGAAAUCUCCUCGACUGAUCCACUUGAAUUGCUACCAGGACAGCUGCUCCGAAAGGCCGUAUACAUCAGCAAAUCGGUCCAGUCUGGCUCGGUUGUGCUUGCCACUGUCACUCUCGCCGUCCGAUCUCCAGACGUUGCAGGCGUCAAGCUCGUUCCUUCACCGAAGCCGAUUCAAAAAUCUCCGCUAGGCGACUUUGUACCACCAUCCUCUCCUCUCACCGAGCUCGCAUUCUCGGAUGAAUCCCCGCGAAAAAAUCCUGGUAGCAAGUCACGUCUCGUGGAAUUCGCCAACGAGGUACAGUAUGACGCUGGGUCCUCCAGCGACGGUGGCUAUCACUAUAGAUCCUACGAAGGGUCGCGAGAAUACAGUCAGAAGGCAGUAGUGGGUGGACUUUACGGCACUCCUCCAAGUUCGUGGAUUAGAUCGAUCAAUCCGGUCAUACAAUCUCGUAUAGCCGUCAUCUCACCGGCCGCAAAUACAAGGCUGGUGGAUCGAGUUUUGUACCUUCGUGAACCGCCCCGCCAUAACCGGGCGAUUCAUCAGGUCUCCAUGGAGCCCACGGCUAUUAGUCGGAUGCCAUCUCAGCACCCACCUGAUCUUCCAUCUAGCGAUGGCUCUUUCCGAGGCCCAAGGAACCAAGUGAUACCUGAAUAUACCCUCUCUCUGGCGUCGGACGGAGAGAGCCCAACGAGUGGUUAUCAUCCGAGCCCAAUGCCGCCUCCAGUUAACACCCAGCUCACUGAAAAAUUGCUGAGCGUGACCAAUGGAGAAGGUUCUGAGAACUCACAACCUGCGGCCAUCUUGAGAGAGCCUCCCCAGAUCCCACUCCCCGCAUUGCCGCCUCAUAGCUCCAAUUACUUCGACGUAAGUGAAUCUUCCUCAGCAUCUUCCAGCGAUUCAGCGAUUCUUCGACACACAGGCGGCAUGGAUCGUAUUCUAGUUUGCGCCAGGGGCCAUUUCACUUCCUUGCCCCUCUCCGACUCGGGCAGUUAUCUGUUCUUCUCCGAGUAA